GCCAAAUGUUGUCGGUUUGAAAUACGCGCCGUCGCCGACGAUUUGCUCGCUCUGAAAGAAAGAGAGGUUAACCUUUCCAUCUCUUCUAUCACCCGUACCUCGCCAAUACUUUUGUUUCAUUUUCUUCAGUCGACUUCCGACGCUUUGCUGUAGUGGUUGUGACAUUUUUUCCUGUGGAAGAUUUUAUUGUAAAAUUUGUUGAAUAAAACCUUCCUGCAUUGUAAAAUCUCGCCAUGGCUGAAACAGAAAUAAUAUCUAGUAGUGAUAACAAUGAGCAGUUUUUCGAAGGUGUCGAAAAGUUAAUUGAAAUAUGGUUUACACCGGUUAAGCAUGCGGACUUAAGAAAAAUUACACGCCAACAAUGGGAGAAUGUAUUGAAGAUAGUCCGCUGCGAGAUUAUCUCUUUCACACAGAGCGAGCAAGUCGACGCAUAUGUACUUAGUGAGAGCAGCAUGUUCGUAUCGAACAGGCGCUGGAUACUGAAGACGUGCGGCAAGACGACCCCCCUCCGGUGCGUGCGCGCAGUGCUCGCGCUCGCGUACGAGACUGCGGGCCACACGCGCGUGCAGAAUGUGUUCUACUCGCGAAGGGAGUUCGCUAGGCCCGAGGCACAGUUGAAGCCGCACGAUAACUUUGAUUCUGAGGUAGAACUUCUGGACUCUUUCUUCGGCGACGGCCGCGCUUACAUCAUGGGUCCAGAGAAAGACUGUUGGUAUCUGUACACACUGCUGCCGCUAGAAGGCACGGUGGCGGCGCUGGAGCAGGAGCGCGAGGUGCGCGAGGUGCGCUCGGCGCGGCCGGCCGAGCCCGACCAGACCAUCGAGCUGCUCAUGUCCGACCUGGACCCCGACGUCAUGGACAUAUUCACGCGCAAGCGCUCGCCCACCGCCGACCACGCCACCAGGGCAUCGGGCAUAGACCAGAUAAUCCCGGGGAUGGUGAUCGACGACUACCUGUUCGAUCCCUGCGGCUAUUCCAUGAAUGGGGUGGCUGAAGAUGGCAGCUACAUGACGAUCCACAUAACGCCGGAGCGCGCGUGCUCGUACGUGUCGUUCGAGACGAACGUGCCCGCGGCGCGCUACCCGCGCCUGCUGCGCGCCGUGCUCGCCGCCUUCCGCCCCAACAAGUUCGUGCUCACCGUCUUCCACACGCCGGACGCGGCCGCGACGGAGGCGCUGCGCGAGCUGAAGUCGUUCCGCGCGCUCAACGCGUACGAGCAGAAGGACGCGCAGUACUGCCGCUUCGCCGGCUACGAGCUGCACUACGCGCUCUACGCCAAGUUCCCGAGCUGAGAGCCGCCCCCCGCCCGCGCGCCGCCCCGCCCCGCGCCCCGCGCCCGCC